UGGCAUUUUGCUUCAUCUCUUCCUUUCCUUUUAUUUUUUUUUAUCUUUCUUCUUUGUUUUCACCAAAUCCAUCGUUAUAUUAAAGUUUUGCUCAAAAAAUUUACUUUAAAAUUAAAGAUUAUAAAUAAUUUAACUUAUUUUUUAAGGAUAUUUAAAUUAUUUUAACACCAAAAACGUACUUAACAUUACUUAUUUAUCAAAUACAUCAAUAAUUUUUUUUAAUUACUUAAGCUAAACGGGCGGUUACUAAUAAAAUAUCCACCCAUCAUUUUCUCACUUUCUUUUCAUACUCCAUUUAUUUGGAUACAUAAAGGAGUACCAAGAAGAAAGAAAAAAAAAUCAGAUUGAUCAAAAUGGAAGAAGUGAGUAACAAACAGAUCAUACUUAAGAAUUAUGUAAGUGGAUUCCCUAAAGAAUCAGAUAUGGAAUUGAAAAUCAACUCAAUUAAACUGAAAGUAGCAGAAAAUUCCAAUAGUGUUUUGGUGAAAAAUAUUUAUUUAUCAUGUGAUCCUUACAUGAGACCUCGUAUGACGAAAACUGAAGGCAGUUAUACUGAAUCUUUUACUCCUGGCUCUCUUAUUGUGGGGCUUGGAGUGGCUAAAGUUGUGGAUUCAGCUCAUCCAAAUUUCAAGAAAGACGAUUUAGUUUGGGGAAUGACUGGAUGGGAAGAGUAUAGCAUCAUUACAGCUCCGGAGACUCUCUUUAAAAUUCAUAAUACAGAUGUACCUCUUUCCUAUUAUACCGGAAUCCUAGGGAUGCCUGGAAUAACAGCUUAUGGAGGUUUUUAUGAGCUGUGCUCACCAAAGAAAGGAGAAACUGUGUAUGUUUCUGCUGCAUCUGGUGCUGUUGGCCAGCUCGUUGGACAAUUCGCUAAGCUAUGUGGUUGCUAUGUUGUUGGAAGUGCUGGAAGCAAAGAAAAAGUGGAACUGUUGAAGAACAAGUUUGGUUUUGAUGAUGCAUUUAACUAUAAGGAGGAACAAGAUUUAACUGCAGCUUUGAAAAGGUACUUCCCCGAUGGAAUCGAUAUUUACUUUGAGAACGUUGGAGGAAAGAUGCUUGACGCGGUUCUUCUCAACAUGCGAAUCCAUGGACGAAUUGCAGUAUGUGGGCUGAUCUCACAAUACAACCUCGAGCAAAAUGAAGGAGUCCACAACUUGUUCUGCCUCAUCUCAAAACGACUCCGCAUGCAAGGAUUUUUGGCUUUCGAUUACUAUCCCCUUUACCAGAAAUUUGUCGACAUGGUUACUCCACAUAUAAAAGAAGGGAAGGUGAAAUAUGUGGAAGACAUAGCUGAAGGAAUUGAAAGUGCACCGGGUGCUCUAGUCGGCCUCUUCUCUGGUCGUAAUGUUGGUAAACAACUGGUGCGUGUUGCUCAUGAAUAAACUUAUUGAGUGUGUUUGGUACGAUGGAAGUUAUUUCAUCGCGUAACUAAAUACCAGCAAAUGACUUUCACAUAUGUUACUAUCAAGUAUGUUGAGUUUGUACUGCAGACCAAAAGUUGUUUUGAGUUUUGUGAUUAGUAAACUCUGUGUUGCAAUAAAUUUUGUGUUUUGCAAA